AUGCCUCCAUUGCAGGGCGAAGAGCGAGUGCUGACAGUUUUCGCCGACAUCCAUUACUACUUUACAGCUCCUAGCCCUAAGCCUUUGCAUCAUCGGUUUGAUAAAGGCUCGUACCUUUAUCUCUACUACAAUGCCGCCCAACAUAAGAUACGGAUUGAAGUAGCCAAUAAUCCCAGUGCCCCCGAGCAGGACUCAUUCAAUGGAUCUCUGGAUCGGGUUCAUGUCCGCCACUCAACUAGGUUUCCGACCCUAUGUACACUCACAGUGGACGGACAGUCCCAAGAACAGCAGGCCUUCCCGCCGCCACCUGGCGCUGGCGCUGGCGCCAAUGCCUACGAAUGGCUAUUACCGAGCGGUGAUCCUCGCGAGACGAGCGACGACCUUUUGCUUCUUCACACGCUGGACAUUUACUUUUGGACGUCGGACGACGCAAACCAGUUUUUAGACUUGACUGAGCGCUGUCUUUCCCGCUCCCAGAUCGAGUCAGACCGUCGUCCUUUUCCGCCUCCACCGCAAACUACGGCCACGAGUACGGUCGUACAACAGCUAGAAAAUGUAGCCAUUACCGACCCCGCGUACCAGAACGGACAAACCCGGAAUUCUCAAUCCGAAGUGCCUGUCGCAAACCCGGUCCCUACUUUCCAAUCAAUGAUAGCGCCUGGCUCUCUCCCCCCUCCGCCUCCGCUCAACGGACCUCCGUCAUCAAACGCCGGGCGAGCUUCCUCGAUCGAUGAACAGAAAGACCCGGCUCAGUUCACCCCUCUCCCAUACAACCCUGCCGCGCCAGCCGCCCCCGAACCGAUUCAGCACCGCGAGAAAACUCCCCCACCACUCGACGGUGCCGAUGGAACCGGGCUUGCAGCUGCCGUAGCAGCCGACAACGGUGUCCCCUAUAGUCCUCCGUCUCAGCUCUCGGGCGCAGGAAACUUCGCACCCCCUCCUCCUCCUGCUACCCAAGGAUUAUCUUUCUCGAUGCCGGGGAGCUACGCCUCACCACCCCCAAGCGCAGGGCUCACUCACUCCGGUUCAUUCUCCUCUCGAUCCUCCAUACAGAGCCCACCUGGAAUUCCGUCCUAUACACCCUCAUUCGUCUCCGGCACCAACCAAGCUGUCAAUGCACCACCUGUCCAGACGAUGUCUUUCGCGCCUCCUCCCAAAGACCCCAAUGCGCAUCUUUAUGGUCAAACGCAGAACAUUUACGCGGCGCAGCCUCAAACCCAACCGACCUCCCCCCCACCUCCGGUAGGUGGUUACUCGAAUUACUCUUACGACCAAGCACCAAGACGUCAAUCUACGAACAGCGAGUAUGACAUCCAUAAACAGUUUUAUAGGCCCACAGAAGCAGAGGCUUCCUCUCACCAUCAAAAAUAUGCACAUCAAGCUAUGCAGAACCCCGGGCAACGGCCUCGGAAGUUGGAGGACAGCGCCUCGCGAGUCGAGAGUGGCGUAAAUAGAUUCUUGAAAAAGUUGGAGAAGAAGCUGUGA